AUGCUUGGAAACUCCCAAACCGCAGUCAUUACCUUCGAGGGCAAGAUCGUCCCCCGCUACGUUUACUACUACGGCGGCGAGACACGUUGCUACCUCUAUCGGUCAUCGCGGCAAGUCUGCUAUAUAUGCUUCAAGCCUGGGCAUAGGGCGGAUGUUUGCCCGACACCUGACGCCGUUGUCUGCUCGAACUGCGCCGAACCAGUCAUCGAGGACGGACACACCUGCGAGCCCAGGUGUGCGCUAUGCAAGGAAGCGCACCCCACACGAGCAAAGGAGUGCAAGAAACGCCUCAGGAAACCGAGGAGCCCACGGGCGAGAAAACAAGAGGAACCAGACGCCGAAGCCAGGAACGCCGGCGGACGUGGCCGGACCAGGAAACGCUGGUUCAGUAGAGACUCCAGCUCGACAUCCAGGUCCAGAUCAAGGUCGAGAUCCGCGUCCAAGACCCGGCAGGCUCCGGAAACGAAAAAGAAGCAACAGAAGAAGACCAUAGCCAAGAAGGAAGAAGACAGUAAGGUGAGCUGGAAAGCGCAUCUUUUCCCAACCUCUCCCACUGCUCCAAAGAACACAAACACGCAGAACGACGAAGUAAAUGAGCUUAGGCAAACUAUUCAGACUCUCAGGGCAGAAAAUGCUGAGCUUAGACAGAAGCUCAACGAGCUCAUAGAUGAACUUAAGGCACUGAGAACAGGGCAGCCAAACUCAAACCCGCAAACAGACGAAACUCAGUCGGCCACCAUAGGGCGGCAGGAAUUCACAACUUCCAUGGUAGCCAUGAACAAUGCGCUAGCGAAUCUUAGCAACCUCGUUUCUAACCUCCAAGAGGAGGCGCGCAAGGAUAGAGAACGCCUAGUACAAUUUACGGGCAUGAAAUCCAGAACUAAACCCUAUACUAGGCCAUCAGCUGACCAUGGCGAGCUGCCGUAA